AUGCUACGCAGCUGUCGCGAUCUAAACCGCUUGUGUCGCGUUUGGAUGCAGAACCAAAGACAACUAAGCCUUCAAGAAUACCAAAGUAAAAGCAUAUUGGCCAAACACGGGUGCGUCGUCCAAACGUUCAUCGUCGCCGAUUCAAAGGAAGAUGCGGAGAAGAAGCUGAAUGGAAGGCAUUUCGAUGAAUACGUUGUCAAGGCGCAGAUCCUGGCUGGUGGUCGUGGGAAAGGGCGAUUUAUUGGAGGCCCGAAGGAUCUUGGAGGCGUUUACAUCUCAAACGACAAAAAAGACGCAUUGAACUCGAUCCCUGAAAUGGUGGGCCGGCAUCUCGUCACAAAGCAAACUUCAAAGAAAGGAGCCCUUGUUGACAAGGUUAUGGUUGCCGAGGGUGUUACGAUUGUGCGUGAAACAUAUCUUGCCGUACUAUUGGACCGUGACAGUAAUGGACCGGUGAUUGUUGCAAGCCCGGCUGGUGGCAUGGAUAUCGAAGAGGUUGCAGAAAAACAGCCGGAGUUAAUUUUCAAGGAGGUCAUUGACAUUACAAAAGGCAUCGCCCGAGAACAGUCCAUGCGGCUGGCGAAGAAUCUGAAUUUUGAGGGAAAAUUGGCUGAAUCGGCCGCCGAUCAAAUUGAACGUUUGUACCAGCUAUGUUUGGCGGUGGACGCCACGCAAGUGGAAAUCAAUCCAUUUGUUGAAACUUCCGAUGGAAAAGUGUAUUGUGUUGAUGCCAAGAUGAACUUUGACGACAGCGCGCAGUUUAGACAGAAGGAGAUUUUCGAGAUGGGUGACCGUUCAGACAUGGACCAACGCGAGAUCGAAGCCGACCAAUAUAACUUGAACUACAUUCCAAUGCAAGGGAACAUCGGCUGUCUUGUAAAUGGGGCGGGGCUAGCGAUGGCGACCAUGGACAUCAUCAAGCUCAACGGUGGCGAGCCAGCGAAUUUCCUCGACGUUGGAGGAGCCGUGACUGAAGAGGGGGUCUUCCACGCGUUCAGGAUUAUCACGUCUGACCCGCAGGUAAAAUGCGUGCUAGUCAACAUCUUCGGCGGCAUCGUGAACUGCGCGACGAUAGCCCGUGGCAUCAUUGCCGCCAGCCAGCGUAUUAAGCUCACCGUACCACUUGUCGUCAGGCUGGAAGGCACCAAUGUCGAUGAGGCCCGCAAACUUAUCGCCGACAGUGGCCUGCCCGUCAUCUCGGCCCACGAUCUCAAUGAAGCUGCCAGCAAGGCCGUCGCGGCGAUCUCG